GGGAAGCACCAUUGAUUUGUGAGCAUCAGCCUCCACCACUCGACGACCUUUUCAUUUUCCAUGCCCAUUUUUUUUUUUUCUGUUUCAAUAUAGUACGUCGUCAGUUGCCUAUUUUAAAUUAAAUUAGAGAAACAACAUUCUUCUCUCACUGCUCACUCCCUCAAGCCUGUUGUCGGCAACCACUCCAAUGCUCUAUUCCUUCUACUACUCUCCUCCUCACUAUAUGUCUUCACCAAAUCUUCCAAUAUGUUUUUUUAGUUCAACCCUCUUUGUUUCUCUUUUCUUUUCUCCUUUUUUGUGUGCUGUGUGUUUGUCUUUCCUCUGCUUUAUACGCAUUUGAUUUUCCUUCCAAUGACAUGUCAUAAUAUAUUUGGAGUAAAAAACUUGAUACUUUAAUCACGUGAAUUCAUUAAUUCAGGAAGUUCCUACUCACCUACUGAUUGCCUAUCCAAGUUGGGUUGCAUUUAUUGUGCGUCAGUGUCACCAGUAGAUUAGGCCAGUUUAGAAAAUAUAGAAUCAAAAUGCGUUUUUGACAAGGUAACAAGUUAAGUUGCAUUUCCAGCUACUAAAAUAUUUGCACUUCAAGUCCAAGAGGAGCUUUAGGGUACCGUACUGUGUUUUCUUUAAGCCUUUGCAGGUUUUGUAUAAUUCUACUGAAGACCAUUUUACAUUUGUGUCUCUAAAAUCAUGGUUUCGGGAGUGAGGGCGAAAGCUAGGAAAGGUCCCUCAGUACAAGUUGAUUAUCAAAUUCAUAUUGAGGAGAUCAAACCUUGGCCACCCUCACAGUCAUUGAAGUCGGUUCGCGCUAUUUUGAUCCAAUGGGAACAUGGAGAUAAGAAUGGCUCUACCAGUCAAGUUGUUCCAUCUUUAGGCUCUGGUGUUGGUGAUGGAAAAGUUGAGUUCAAUAAGUCAUUUAAACUACCUGUGACAUUACUGAAGAAUAAAGGGGGAGAUGGAGAUGCUUUCCAAAAAAGUUGUAUUGAGUUCAACUUGUAUGAACCUCGCCGUGAUAAGACAGUGAAAGGUCAACCAUUAGGAACUGCUAUCAUCAAUUUGGCUGAAUAUGGUGUUGUUAAGGAGGGUUUGAGUGUAAGCGUCCCUGUUAACUGCACGCGGGCUUAUAGGAACACUACACAGGCCCUUCUCUUCCUGAAAAUCCAGCCAGUUGAGAGGAGUCGCGUUAGCACUUCAUCCUCAAGGGACAUUUUAACAACAGAGGACCGUAAUGGUGCUGAAUCUGUUUCUACAAUGACAAGUGAAGAAUGCGCUGAGGAAGCUGAGGUUGCCUCAUUCACCGAUGAUGAUGGUUCCUCGCACUCAUCACUUGCUGUUUCUUCUUCAGCUAAUGGAUCCAACUGUGGUUCAUUGCCACAAGGAGAGGAUGAAGCUGAGGGAGUGAAAAGUAAUCCUGGAGAACAUGAAGAUGAACAUGUUCUGCAUUCAAAGAAAAAGUCUGCAGAUUUGGAUGAGAAGCAAGUGGUAAAAUCAUUAUUGGAUUCGAAGGGAUGUUCGUCUCACUCUUCAACUGAUUUGUCGUCUGAUCUGGCAUGGCUCUCAAGGAAAAUUGGUGGUAAUGGUAACAAUAAAUUCUCAACAUCAAGUGAGAAUGCAAUGACUGAAAACUCUCAGAAUCUGUAUGUGAUGACCGAACAUGUUGAACCCAUACAACAAAGGGAAAGAAUGCUGGCUAACAGUGAAAGUGGUGGUGAAAUAUAUACUCCGCAAAGUUCCGAGGAAGGGAGGGUCAAUAGUCAUCAAGAUCACGAAGACUUUCCAAUUUCACAUAUCAAAGAUGAUGGUAAGAGCUUUAUAAACUCAACAAGUCAUUUCUCCAGUUCUGAGAAUGCUUCUACUCCUGUUGAGAAUAGGCAGGAGGAUGCGAGAGAUGUUCUUACCAAAAAUGGUUCUUAUGAAGGUGAAAAUAGUGAGAAUUAUAAAGACAGGAGGCAAGAAUUUGGUGCCCAUCAUAGAGAGAAUUAUCAGGAAAAUGAACAAGUACAAGAAAUUAUCGAAGAGGAAGAAUGUGAGAAUGCUAUGAAGAAUGACUCGGACGAAAGUGAGGAUGCUAUGAAGAAUGACUCGGAAGAAAGUGAGGAUGCUAUGAAGAAUGACAUGGAAGAAAGUGAGGAUGCUAUGAAGAAUGACACGGAAGAAAGUAAGGAUGCUAUGAAGAAUGGUUCGGAAGAAAGUGAAGUAAAUUCUGUUGACACGGAUAGUUAUGGAGCAACGAGUAGCAUCCUUAACAAUGAGAGAUUAAAGCAUGUAAAGUCAGUUCGGUCAUCAAAAGAACCUAAUAAAGUAAACGGGUCUGUCAAAAGCAAUCAAUUUUUAGCACAACACAAAGAGAUCAGUGCUCAAGGUUUAGCAAACGAGAGGAAGGAUCGAAAGGCACAGUCAGCAGACGCAUCAAGAAUUCUUUUGGAAAGUAAACUCCAUAAGUUGGAGCAAAGAGUAAAGAUGGCAGAAGGAGAAUUGAGAGAAGCUGCUGCAAUUGAAGUUGCCCUUUAUUCGGUUAUUGCAGAACAUGGAAGUUCCACAAAUAAGGUCCAUGCUCCUGCCAGACGCCUGUCGAGGUUCUAUUUCCAUGCUUGUAAAGAAGACUCUUUAUUGAAAAGGGGAGCUGCUGCUAAAAGUGCAGUCUCUGGAUUAAUUUUGGUUGCAAGGGCAUGUGGAAACGAUGUUGCUAGGUUAACUUUCUGGUUAUCAAAUUCGGUGGUGCUGAGAGCAACUAUAAGCAAAUUCCAGCGGCAGCAGCAUUUGCCCCAUGCUACCGAAACUAUGCUUGGAAAGGCUGCUUCCAGGGACAAGAGAAAGAUAUCUUCCCCACUUAAGUGGGAGGCUUUCUCCAGCAAUGGUACUAGGGAUGAUUUUUGUGAAAGUUUUGGCAAUUGGGAGGACCCUCGUACAUUUACAAGAGCACUUCAGAAAACUGAAGUUUGGAUAUUCUCCCGUAUCAUUGAAUCUAUUUGGUGGCAGACUCUCACUCCACAUAUGCAAUCUGGUGCUGCAAAAGAGAUCCGCGGAAGUAUGAAUUCUUUGACAAGCAAAGUUUAUAGGACAGCAAGUUCUAAUAAUGAACAGCGUGGAAGUUAUUCUUCAGAGCUUUGGAAGAAAGCCUUCAAAGAUGCAUGUGAAAGGAUUUGCCCUGUUCGAGCUGGAGGGCACGAGUGUGGUUGUUUGCGUUUUCUAUCGAAACUGAUAAUGGAACAAUGUGUGGCUAGACUGGAUGUAGCUAUGUUCAACGCAAUCCUUCGAGAAUCUGCUGAUGAGAUUCCUUCAGAUCCUAUAUCAGACCCUAUUAGUGAUGCCGAUGUUCUUCCCAUUCCAGCUGGAAAGGCUAGUUUUGGGGCGGGGGCACAACUGAAAAAUACAAUUGGGAAUUGGUCCAGAUGGCUUACUGACCUUUUCGACAUUGAUGAUGGGGAAUCACUAAAAGAUGUAACAGGGGAAGAUGAUAAUGAAGAGAAGGGGAGUAAUGAAGACGGCACAUCUGCAAAGUCUUUCUACCUUCUUAAUGCGUUGAGUGAUCUGAUGAUGCUUCCAAAGGAUAUGCUUUUAAGCAGGACAAUGAGAAAAGAGGUAUGUCCGGCAUUUGGUCCAUCACUAAUAAGAAGGGUUCUUAAUAUAUUUGUUCCAGAUGAAUUUUGCCCUGAUUCAAUACCGGAAGCUGUGCUUGAAGUUCUUCUCUCAGAGGAACCUUCUGAGGAUGAUUCUGUUACAAAAUACCCAUGCACAGCAGCCCCUGUGGCUUAUAUGCCACCUCCAAUAGCUUCAGUAGGCAGUAUGUUAGGUGAUGGUUAUAGCUAUUCUAUGUUGACACGAAGUUCAUCUUCAGUGCUCAAAAAGUCAUACACAAGUGAUGAGGAGCUUGACCUAUUGGAUUCACCAUUGAAUUUAAUCAUUAAUGAUGGUGCUGAAGCUUCACAGUUUUUAGCAAAACCAAGUUCGAUGCCAAAAAAUAGUGGAAGGCAGAGGUACCAACUCCUUUGGGAGGUCUGGAGUAGCAGUGAAUAAACUGACUAGUUGUGGUGUUGGACAAUCUUUCUUGAUUUGCAUCUGAAUGAAGGCAGGGUCAACGAUGGGAGUAUGAAUUGUGGAUAUGAUAAGCACUUGAUAUGUAUCUUCAUGUGUAGAUAUGGAAGGAGUUUAGUGUGUAGAAAUGAUCUAUUAAAUUUGAAAGGAAAAAUAGGCCCUUCUCUUUCCAUUUUUAA